CUCUUGUUGUGUUCACUUCUUUGGCCUUUUUAUCAAAUGGCAAACUUUUUGCCAAAGACCGUUUUCUGCCUUUCUAUUCUUCUUAUGUUAAUUACUAUAGCUCCGCAAUCAAAAGCGGCGCUAAAUGCAAACUAUUACAGCCAAACGUGUCCACAAGUUGAGAAGAUCAUACUGGAGACGGUUUAUAACGCCUCAGUCCGUGACCCCAAAGUCCCAGCUCGGCUCCUGAGGAUGUUCUUCCAUGAUUGUUUCAUUAGGGGAUGUGAUGCGUCGGUAUUACUAGACUCCACCGCAGGGAACCAAGUGGAGAAAGAUGGCCCUCCCAAUAUCUCACUUGCAGCAUUCUAUGUCAUUGAUGACGCCAAGGCUAAGUUAGAAGCAGCAUGUCCUAAUACUGUUUCUUGUGCUGAUAUAGUUGCUAUUGCUGCAAGAGAUGUGGUCACAAUUUCUGGAGGCCCAUAUUGGAACGUUCUAAAAGGGAGGAAAGAUGGAAGGGUGUCUAAAGCUUCCGAAACCGCUAAUUUACCAGCUCCAACCCUCAACUUGUCCCAACUCAUUCAAAGCUUUGACAACAGAGGAUUAGGAAUCAAAGAUUUGGUUGCUCUCUCUGGGGGACACACGCUCGGGUUUUCGCAUUGUUCUUCAUUCGAACCUCGUCUUCGUAAUUUUAGCGCUUCGCGUGAUAUUGAUCCAAGCAUGAACAUUGAGUUGGCUCAAGAGCUGAGAAAGAAAUGCCCCAAACCAAACAAGGAUAGAAAUGCUGGGGAGUUUUUGGACUCAACUUCGUCAACUUUUGACAACAACUAUUACAAGCGUUUAGUGGCGGGAAAAGGCGUGUUUGGAUCGGAUCAAGCCUUGGUUGGUGAUUACAGGACUAGGUGGAUUGUUGAAUCGUUUGUCAAGGACCAAAGUCUCUUCUUCAGAGAAUUCGCGGCUUCUAUGGUCAACCUGGGAAAUGUUGGGGUCACUGAAGAUGGAGAAGUGAGAGUAAAAUGCCGAGUCGUGAACUAAUAUAUAUAUAUAUAUAUAUAUACAUGUAUAUAUAUAUAUAUGUAUGUAUAUGUAUGCAUGAGAUGAGACUUGGAGUUUCUCAUAUGUAUGUGCGAAGAAAGAGAGACAGAGUAAUAAGGCGAAUUUUUUUCCUUAAUUGCGAACGUUGUUUGUUUACGUUUAAUGAGAAUGUAAAGCAAGUUUCUAUUUUGAAAUUAAAUAAGAAUGUUGAUAUUUUAUUGUCACUAAGACGA